AUUCCGUCUCCGUACUUAGGCGUCUGUGCGUACGUCUACAAGUCGUGCGAGUGCCGCCGCCGUGUGUAGCCGACGACGACGACGCACAAUAUAUCAUUACAGUGACAACCACGCGACACGAAAUCGUAUUAUUAUUGUAUAUAUAUAAUAUAAUAUUAUAAUAUUAUAGUACACUUAAACGCUGGCGGAUUCGGUUCGGUUCGGCUUAUAGCGCGAGGUACGCGGUCGUCCGAAUUUUCGACAGCGAUCACCGUCUUCGACCCGGCGACGCGCGUCUACUGUAUGUUAUUAUAAUUCAUUAUAUUACACCGGUGUGGAAUUCAACGAUUAUUGUAUUUCUUAUCCGGGGCGUAAGUGCCCUUACUCGGUGUUUCGCGCACCGGAACCGGUUUCUGAGUAAAAGACACAACCCCCGAAACGCGGAUUUCUCCCCGCCGUAGUAUUACCCUGCCGGAAAAAGUGUCAAGCGGAGGAAGGACAAGAAGAAGCGGCACUGUGCCGCCGGCCGGAGGACGACGAGAACGAGGACGACGAGCAUCGGGGCAGCAAUAGCAGCAUCGCUGUUGCCGUGACCACCACCGUCACCAACAACGACAAUAACGACGACGAAAACAACAGCAGCAGUACCGCGGUGGCCACUAUGAUGUCGGCCGCGAGCGCGGUCGGCGGCGGCCGUCUGCUGGUCGUCGUCGACGUGGACGGCGCUGACAGCGACAGCUGACAGCCUGGACGACUGCGACCGGUGCGGGCAUGCGGCGGUGCUUACGGAUGGGGUGUCCCGCCGGCCCGGUACGCCAUGCUUGACGUGUUCCGGGGCCUGAAGAGCCUGGUGAAAAUCAGCCACGUUCACAUCGACUCGCCCGUGUUUCGGCUCCACUACAGCCUGACCGUGAUGCUGUUGUCCGCGUUCAGCCUGAUCGUCACCACCAGGCAGUACGUCGGCAACCCGAUCGACUGCGUGCACACCAAAGACAUACCCGAGGACGUGCUCAACACGUACUGUUGGAUACACUCGACGUACACCAUCAAGGAGGCGUUCAAGAAGAAGGUGGGUGUCAGCGUCCCGUACCCAGGCGUGGACAACACCCGCGGCAAAGCGGACGACCGCAAGACGUACGGCUACUACCAGUGGGUGUGCUUCUGCCUAUUUUUCCAGGCGAUAUUAUUCUACACGCCAAGAUGGCUGUGGAAACACUGGGAAGGCGGAAAAAUCCGGGCGUUGAUGAUGGACUUGGACGUAGCCAUUUGCACGGAUGCCGAGAAGAAGCAGAAGAAAAAGAUUCUGCUCGACUACCUGUGGGAGAACCUGCGGUACCACAACUGGUGGACCUACAGGUACUACUUAUGCGAAACGAUGGCGCUUCUGAACGUCGUGGGUCAAAUGUUUAUGAUGAACCGUUUCUUUGACGGUGCGUUUCUGACAUUCGGCGUGGACGUGAUCCGGUUUUUGGAGAGCGACCAGGAAGACCGAGUGGAUCCGAUGAUAUUUAUAUUUCCUAGGAUGACCAAAUGCAUUUUCCACAAAUUUGGCGUAUCCGGCGAGGUGGAAACGCACGACUCAAUAUGUAUAUUGCCACUAAAUGCUGUCAACGAAAAAAUCUACGUCUUCCUGUGGUUUUGGUUCAUGAUCCUCGGCGUCUUGUCGGCGGCUGUAAUCGUUUACAGGUUCAUCAUAAUAGUGUCACCGCGAAUGCGCGUGUACCUUUUCUGCAUACGAUUUCGGUUGAUCAAACGGCAGGCAAUCGGAAACAUCGUGCGCCGAUCGAAGUUGGGCGAUUGGAUGCUGUUGUACGUUCUCGGCGACAACGUCGAUUCUGUCGUGUUCAGAGACAUCGUGCACGAUUUGUCGCACCGACUGGAGGCGUACCACAACAAAAACUCAACGGUCAGGACGGUGGACGCGUGACGGCGGCGGUGUUUGCCAGUCAACAGUAUAUAUUGUGCUCAAAUCGAUAACGAAUAAACGUAAUAUUUGUUACAGGGUAAACGACGACCGACUUGCACGCGACUAUAUUAUACGAUGACUGUUAAUGGAUCUCGUCUGCUAUGGCUGCGGAGGAGAAGACUAUAUAUUUUAAUGUAUAGGACGAAGCAGCUGCCAUAUCGGUUGUCUCGGAAAACAAAGGUCGUCAGACAUCAGAACUAACGAACGCGCUUCCUAUAGACUCGUGAAUUGUCGCCCAAACGAAUUGUUAAAAAAUAUAUAUAUACAUUUGUAAUCUUUUGGUUUUAGAAUUUCUGUUGAUGAAAAAAAAAUGAAGAACAGCAAUGUAUCAACAAAAAGACGUUUUGAUUUUUUUUGAUAAAUCUCCCAAAAUGGCUCAUAGCUUAUAUUAUGUAAUUGUAAUUGUAAUUAUUAAUAUUAUUAAAUAAUAUGACAAUGUGGUAAUAAUUAGACCCCAAAUAUAUCCCAAUUAAGUAUGAGUAAAUAUUGUUAUUACUAAGAUUUUAUUAUAUAUUACAUAAAAUACUAUUUUCUAAAAGAAGACAAUAGCAACUAUUCAUUUAAAAUGUCUAAAAAUGUUAUAAGUAAAAUAUAUUAUACUUAAAUUAUUGCAGAUGUUUAUUUUGGUUGUGUUAAAAAAUAGUUUUUUUUUAAUUUUAAAAAUGUACUUGUUUAUACUUAGGUAUUUAUUAUACAAGUAUCUACACGUAUAGAUUUUCAUAAUUAGAAAUUUCAGGUUUCAGUUAAUAUUGUUAUUUUAUACUUGAAUUUUUAAGAUUUAAAAAAAAAUACUUUGCGACUGUAAAAUUGAAAUACUUUUAUAUAUUAUGUAUGUACUAUUCUAAAAUAAAAUCUUAAUUUAUACAUUUAUUUUGGUCAUAAAAGUAAAAUAUAUAUAUUUGUCUGUAUCUGUUUGUAUUUUAUUAUAAGUUAUUUAGAUUCAGAUUGUCAUUAAUUGCAUAUAAUUUUAAGUAUAAGAUUAUAUCUGCAGUUCAAAAACAAACCUAUAAAACCCAAAAUAUUUACUAAAAAAUAUAGUUUACAAGUUAGGUAUAAAAAAAUUAGAUGAGGGGUUUUUGCUUUAUAAUUUCAAAAAUAUUGCAGUUUUGAUGACAGAUAGUUACAGAUUGAUUAUUGAAAAUCAUUGCGUAUCGAAAUCUUUUAUUUAUUGAAUUGUUUUAACUUUUAAUAAAAUUAAUAAAAUAAUUCCUUUGGAAAAAAAUCACUUGUUUUACUUUUAAUAACGCAAUUUUACAAUAUUUUUAAACAUAUUUUAGUAGGUACUGCACAGUUUAAAUUUGUAUAUUAAAUAUUUCAUAUAAUCUUACUUUGUGACCAAAAUAAAUGUUAAAAUUAAUGUUAAAUUUUAGAAAAGGAUAUAACAUUGUGAUAGUUAAAUCUCUUGUGUAUUUUUGUAUGUUGUUCUUAAAAAAGUAUAAUAUUGGUAAUACCAUACGUCAUGUAAAACCGAUGAUUAACCGAA